UGGUGUGAUAAAUGCGAAUGGUGGAAACCGGAUCGAGCUCAUCAUUGUCGAGUAUGCGAUACUUGUGUGCUACGGAUGGACCAGGUCAAUGGAUGUGUCGGGUUUGCCAAUUAUAGAUAUUUCAUCCAGUUUAUUUGCUAUGCAUCCGGUAUUGCUGCUUGGGUGUUUACGACUUCACUUGCAGCUUUUAUCAUGGGAAAUGGACUG